AGAAUCUCACAUUAGUAUAACUUAGAUACACGGAAAUAUUGGAACACGCUUUAUGUCGAAGAUGAGUGCCACUUUCAACUUUUUCAUCUGCACCAUAUUGGCCAUUGUAGCAACGGCUUUAAGUGCUUCGGAUCGAGAACCGUUAAGUACGACAACUACCACGACCGUUGAGCACUUCACAUUGGGCAGCACCGUGGACGGCGCAAUACCGAUUUAUCAAUUUCAAGAAACCGUUACACCUAAUAUUGACCAAAGCGAUAUAGUCGUAAAUAUUCAAUAUCCGCAGCCGAACGCUGACACUACCGAUAACGAUGUCGUUGCCGAAGAAGUUAUUACGAAAGUCAGUUUGUAUCUGGAGGGCGAUGAGGGUUUUACAUCUCAAGCUUACACCAUAUCGGGUGGCAUAGGUGAGCGCAGCAUUACGCUACAGGUGCUCGUCACAAAUACAGAGUCACUACGCUAUAUUGUGAUUAUUGAUGGUUUAAAAGCUUAAGUGGAAAAAAAAUUAAAAUCUACAAAAAUAAUAAAAACUUUAAGUGAAA